UUAUUGUGAAAGACACAUCUGAAUAGUAAGUGGUAACAGACUAGACUGAAGGCGCCUCUUGUCAUGUUAUAGAGACUGUUUUUUUUUUAAAAAGAAAAAAUACUAUUUUUUUCACAAGUUUCAACGUGAUAUUAAAAAAGUGCAAUUUUAUUUAUUUAUCUGUGAUUAAAAGUGGAACAAUAAUUGAGUGAAAAAUGCCACGAUUUCAUAAAAUUGAGAUCAAUAGAACGGAAUGGGAAGUUCCAGAGCGAUAUCAAAUGCUAACCCCGGUGGGUUCUGGUGCCUAUGGACAAGUUUGUUCUGCAGUGGACGUUACAACUGGUCAAAAAGUAGCUAUAAAAAAAUUAGCACGUCCCUUUCAAUCUGCCGUCCAUGCUAAACGAACUUAUAGAGAAUUACGAAUGCUCAAACACAUGAAUCACGAAAAUGUAAUUGGAUUGUUGGAUGUAUUUCAUCCAGCAACGUCCCUCGAGGAAUUUCAACAAGUGUACUUAGUGACGCAUCUGAUGGGCGCUGAUCUUAAUAAUAUCGUUAGAACACAGAGGCUUUCAGACGAUCAUGUGCAAUUUCUCGUCUAUCAAAUUCUUCGCGGCUUGAAGUACAUUCAUUCGGCGGGAAUUAUUCACAGAGACUUAAAACCGUCCAAUAUUGCAGUUAAUGAAGACUGUGAAUUAAAAAUACUGGAUUUUGGCCUCGCCAGGCCAACUGAAAAUGAAAUGACUGGUUAUGUUGCAACAAGAUGGUACAGAGCACCCGAAAUUAUGUUAAAUUGGAUGCAUUACAAUCAAACAGUUGAUAUUUGGUCGGUGGGUUGUAUAAUGGCUGAACUUUUAACAGGAAGGACACUGUUUCCUGGAACAGAUCACAUUGACCAUUUAACACGUGUUCUCGUGCUCUGUGGAACUCCCACAGAAGAAACUUUAAGCAAAGUUACCAGCCAAGAGGCGAGGAAUUAUAUUCAAAGUUUACCACUUUUAAAAAAAAAGAAUUUCAAAGAUGUUUUUCGUGGUGCAAAUCCUCUAGCAAUUGAGUUACUAGAAUUAAUGUUGGAAUUGGAUGCUGAGAAAAGAAUCACAGCCGAACAAGCUCUCGCUCAUCAGUAUCUUGCACAAUAUGCUGAUCCAACAGACGAGCCGGUUUCUCUUGCUUAUGAUCAGAGUUUUGAAGAUAUGGAUUUGCCUGUGGAAAAAUGGAAAGAACUUGUUUAUCACGAAGUUGUAAAUUUUGUACCUCAACAAUUACCAGUGCCACCAACAAGUGAUACAAAAUCAUAGAUGUACAAAAAAAGUACAAAAGUCAUUGAAUGUUUUACAUUAAAAAAAAAUUAUUAUUAUUAUUGUAAAAAGUAACGUUUAAGAAAUUAAUUAAUAUCAUACUCUUUGAAUUUGAAUCGCAGGGAAAAGUUGAGUCACUAAUUCAUAAUAGUAAGAAUUUAGUAAGAAUUUUUACUAAUUUUUAGUUAUUUUUUUAGUAAAAGUAAAAAGGAACUAAAAAGAAACUAAAAAGAAACUAAAACGAAA